CUCCAAUUAGACUCGGCCAGUCCUCCCUCUCAUCCUUGUGCUUCCAUUGUCGCCCUCAUCAAUCGUCUUAAGAUGAAGGGCCAACAUGUUAAAAUCUCUCACAUUUACAGGCAGACAAACCAAGUCGCAGACUGAAUUGCAAAUUUUGCUUUUUCUAUACCUACGGGUUCCCUCUUUUUAGUCAUCCGCCCUCGAUUGUGUGAACCUUCUUUGACUAGAUGUUGCCAAUAUUUACUUUAAUGUAGUGUUCGUUUGUAAUUUGGCCUAACGGCCUCCCUACUAGCGAAAAAAAAACUAAUUAAAAAUGAAUUUGUAUCUACAUCAUAAAAUGGUGUCAAAAUAACAUUUAUCAAUUGGAAAUGUGGGAGGUUUCUAUUUAUCAAUUGUAAUCUUGUUCCCUAUGAAUAUGAUACUUGUUGGUGCAAAUAACUUCACUACAUUGAUGUUGAAAUCCAAAAAGUUUAUGCACUAUGCAUUACCAAAAUUUUGUAUAUUGCAGAAUCUUUACACUUCAAUUGCACAACCAGAAACAAAAACCAUAGCUAGAAAUGUAAACACACAAAUCCACAAUCUUUCCUUACAAGGAAAACUUGAAGAAGCACUUUCAUUUGCUUACACCAACCCUUCUCUAUCCCUUCAAGACUAUGCCUUUUUGUUCCAUGCUUGUGCUCAGAAAAAAUAUCUGCAACAAGGCAUGGCAUUGCACAAUUACAUACUUGAAAAACACCCCACAAUUCAAAAUGAUCUUUUUAUCACUAAUAACCUCUUGAACAUGUACUGCAAGUGUGGUCAACUUGAUUAUGCUCGCUACGUGUUUGAUCAAAUGCCAAGAAGAAAUUUUGUUUCUUGGACUGUUCUUGUUUCUGGGUAUGCUCAAUUUGGCUUAAUCAGAGAGUGUUUUGCUUUAUUUUCGGGUAUGUUGGCUUGGUUUCGCCCCAAUGAAUUUGCUUUUGCAAGCGUGCUUAGUGCUUGUGAGGAGUGUGAUAUCAAAUAUGGCUUGCAGGUACAUGCUGUUGCUUGUAAAAUGUCAUUGGAUUUCAAUGUAUAUGUUGCAAAUGCUCUUAUUACAAUGUAUAGCAAGUGUUCUGGUGGUUUCAGUAGAUGUUGUGAUCAAACUUCGGAUGAUGCGUGGGCUUUGUUCAAGUCAAUGGAGUAUAGAAAUCUUAUAUCUUGGAAUUCAAUGAUUUCAGGUUUUCAAUUCCGUGGACUUGGGGACAAAGCUAUUGGUCUGUUUGCACACAUGUAUUGCAAUGGAAUUGGGUUUAAUAGUGCCACGUUACUUGGUGUUUUCUCUUCUUUGAAUCAAUGCAGUAGUACUUUAGAUGAUAUCAACAACACAUAUCUGAGGAACUGUACUCAAUUGCACUGUCUCACUAUUAAAAGUGGUCUUAUUUCAGAAGUUGAAGUGGCAACUGCAUUGGUAAAAUCCUAUGCAAAUCUAGGGGGUCACAUUUCUGACUGUUAUAGGCUGUUCCGUGAUACAAGUGGCCAACAUGAUAUUGUGUCAUGGACUGCUAUUAUUUCUGUGUUUGCAGAGCGAGAUCCUGAGCAAGCUUUCCUUCUUUUCUGUCAACUUCAUCGGGAAAAUUUUGUGUUGGACCGGUAUACAUUCUCAAUCGCCUUAAAAGCUUGCGCAUACUUUGUGACUGAGAAAAAUGCAAUGGCAGUUCACUCACAAGUAAUUAAACAAGGAUUUCGGGAAGACACGGUUGUUUCAAAUGCCUUGAUACAUGCUUAUGGGAGGUCUGGCUCCUUAGCUUUGUCUAAACAAGCAUUUGAUGAAAUGCGUUGCCAUGAUUUAGUUUCUUGGAAUUCAAUGCUCAAGUCUUAUGCCAUGCACGGUCGAGCUAAAGAUGCAUUGGAGCUCUUCAAGCAAAUGGAUGUCCGUCCAGAUUCUGCAACCUUUGUUGCGCUUCUCGCAGCUUGCAGUCACGCUGGACUAGUUGAUGAAGGAGUGAAAAUUUUCAACUCUAUGACUGAAAUUCACGGUAUUUCUCCGCAACUAGAUCACUUUGCCUGCAUGGUUGACCUUUACGGACGAGCUGGGAAGAUAUUUGAGGCUGAAGAGUUGAUACGCGAAAUUCCAAUGAAACCUGAUUCUGUGAUUUGGAGUUCAUUACUCGGAUCUUGCAGGAAGCAUGGCAAGGCUGACUUGGCCAAAUUGGCAGCUGAUAAAUUUAAAGAGUUAGAUCCUAAAAACUCGUUGGCAUAUAUACAAAUGUCAAACAUAUAUUCCUCUGGAGGUAGUUUCAUUGAAGCUGGCCUUAUGAGGAAGGAAAUGAGAGACUCAAAAGUGAGAAAAAGACCAGGUUUAAGCUGGGUCGAAGUUGGGAAGCAAGUUCAUGAGUUCACAUCUGGUUGCCAACAUCAUCCACAAAGAGCGGCCAUAUUGACCCGGCUCGAGACAUUGAUCGGACAAUUGAAAGAAAUGGGCUAUGCUCCAGAGAUUAGCUCACCAUUGCAUGACAUUGAACUGGAGCACAUAGAAGACCAAUUGUUUCAUCAUAGUGAGAAGAUGGCAUUGGUAUUUGCUAUAAUGAAUGAAGCAAGUCUUACCAGUGGUGGAAAUGUCAUUAAAAUAAUGAAGAAUAUCCGUAUUUGCGUGGAUUGUCAUAACUUCAUGAAAUUAGCAUCAAAACUAUUUCAGAAGGAGAUUGUUGUAAGAGAUUCGAAUCGCUUUCACCAUUUCAAAUACACAGCUUGUUCUUGUAAUGACUAUUGGUAACAUACCACCUGCAUUCCCCCAUUUGGGAAUAUGAGAUGGAAUCUUUAUUUUUAUUCCA